GGCGGCCACCGUCCGAACCAACAUGGCCGCGACCAGGGACCGGCGAGUCACCCGCAUUCGCAGUGCAGGCCGCGGGCCGGAACCCGUACCCAUGGAUCCCGGCGCGGAGUUCGCGCGGUGGAAAGCGCAGCGUCUGAGGCGAGCGGACCUCAGCCGCAAAGGCAGCGUGGACGAGGACGUGGUGGAGGUGGUGCGGCUGCUCAACUCGCGCGAUCAGUUUGUCACCACCAGUUCCUGUGCCGGCCGCGUCCUGCUCCUGGACGGGGGUAUAAAUGGUUUUCAGGUUCAGAAGCAAAACUGUUGCUGGCUACUGGUUACACACAAACCUUGUGUAAAAGAUGAUGUGAUGAUAGCUCUGAAGAAAGCAAAAGGUGAUGCCAUUUUUAAAUUUGAGCCACUGGUUCUUCAUGUGCAGUGUCGGCAGUUGGAAGAUGCACAGAUUCUGCAUUCAGUGGCAAUUGACUCUGGUUUCAGGAACUCUGGCAUCACAGUGGGAAAAAGAGGCAAGACUAUGUUGGCUGUCCGGAGUACACAUGGCUUGGAAGUUCCAUUAAGCCAUAAGGGAAAUCUGAUGGUGACAGAAGAAUAUAUUGACUUCCUAUUAAAGAUAGCAAAUCAAAAAAUGGAAGAAAACAGGAAACGAAUAGGAAGGUUUUACAACUCCCUACAACAUGCUUUGGAGAAAGAAACAAUUACUGAUUCACAUCCCAAGGUCAAAGAGAAAUAUAAGUCAUCGUAUCCUAAGAGAAAGAAACCAGAAAAAACACAUGGCAAAUGUGUUCCUGAAGAAAGUGAUGAAAAAGUUGAAAAUGACAAUGAUGAUGACCCAGAAAUCAAUUCUACUAUCUUCCCUGAAGAUUACUAGCAUUUACCUUUGAAGUGUUUUGGUAAAAAUGUUUCCAGUAGAUUUUAUAAGGCUACUCUUUAUAAGAGUUUAUUGCAUUUAUCAUCCAUUUUGAAAAGCAAUAUUUAAUUUCUCUAUAGUCAGAGAAAUCUAUUUCAUAUGUAUACAAUUUAAAAUAUUUUGUAUGUUUACUCAGUAUAAUUCUUUAUAAUGUUUGUUCGUUUAAUACUGCCUUGUUAAACACAAAGAGAAUUUUGCAAAAUUAUAACUUUCAGCGCCUCUUUUUUGUUAAAAUUUUCAAUUCUACGUAAUAGGAAAAUGAAGUACAGCACUCUUCGAAGACAACUUUACAUCAUGGACAUUUGAGUAAAAUAGUAACAUGAAACUAAUUAACAUUGAAACUUCGACCAGCUUUUAGAAGAGUUUGUUUACUCCUGUUUCCAUGAAGUCCAAUGACAAGUUGUUUUGCCCCUUUUGAGCUCUUGAAUAAACAACUGAUACCAUUUUUAUUCAGGACAAAAUAUCUGAGCCCUCUUUCCUUAUUAUUAUUUUUUUAAUAAAUAAGACCUUAACAUAGUACAGACUUUGAAACAUGUGGGCAUAGUUUUUCACUAGGCCUAAUCAGAAAUAACCACUAAUACAAAGCACCCUUGAAUAAAUGUGCAAUGGGAAAUUUCAAGGAUCACAAACCAUGGGUGUGAAUUCUGAAGUUGGAGGUUCUGAAGCAAACCAUUUAUGUCUAGAGCUUCUCUUUCAUGUUCUUUUGCACAAAAGUAUUUCAGAUAUCUACCUUAUUUACAUUAAAGUAUUAACAGUAUCAUGUAAAAUGUAAGUGUUUAUGAGACCAUUAUGCAUGUAUGUGAGCAUUUAUCAUUAUAAAAUGAAGGUCAUUUUAAACUAUAUUUAGAAUGUACCAAAUCGUUUAAAUACAUGUUUUAAAAGAGAUUACUAGUUAAUAAUAGAAUUAUCAAUUAUUAAACCCCAGAAUGCCAAAUAAAAAU